CCUUUCGGUCGUCCGUGGCCUGAUGCGAGAGCCAUGUUGGCGUACCGCUUCGGGCCGGCGUCUCCGGCGCCUUCCGCGCCGCCUUUCGCCGCGGCGACUGCUUCCGCGCAGAGCGAGGCUUCCGAGUGGGGGCUGAAACGGCUGCCCGUUUCAGCAGCCAUCCUGGUCGUUGCUGCUCGGAGGUGUAGGCCAGCCCGGCGUUGCCCGCUUUCCGCGCGAGCGGCUUCGGCGACGUGGCAGGAGCUGAGGCAGACACCUCCAACCGAAGCCAAAGCCUGCGCCGGUUGGGGAUGCCGAUGCGGCGACGGACCCUAUGCCUACCAGACAAGCGAGGACUUUAAGAAUCACCCGGCGGUUCGCUCGCUUACCGCCUGGUGCCGCAGCUGGGGGCUUCCUCCCAUAGAGACGACGGCCUUGGACCCGGAAGGCUAUCGCACCCGCGGGAAGAUGCCGGUAGGGCCCGGGGGCUCCGGACCCGUGGUGGGCCUGUUUAAGCGCAGCACCUGGAAGGUGGUCCCAGUGGCCGGCUGUGCUGCAAACCAUCCGCGCCUGGUGGCUGCCGUGGAGUCCAUCGAAGAGGCGGUGCGGGCAAAUGGGGUCCGCGCCUUCGACCACGACGGGGCGGCGCGAUUCGCACUGCGGCAGCAGGCGCUGAGAUUCGUGGAGCUGACGUUGGAGCGGCGCAGCGGCUUGGUGCAGCUAGUUCUUGUAUGGAAUGGCACAAAGCAGGCCAGUCCACAGCUGGAGGGGCUGGUGGAACGGCUGUGGGCCGAAGGGAGGUAUCACUCCAUUUGGGUGCACUGGCGCGAGCCAAGUCCGCGGCUCCUGCGGGCCAUCCACUCCAAAACUCCCGAGGCCUGGGAGCAGGUCAGACCCAAAGAAGGUAGCGGGUAUGUUGUGGAGCGCCUGGACGGCCUGGACUUCGCCUUUGGGCCCGCAAGCUUCCAGCAGGCGAACCUCCAGGUCUUCGAGCGGGUGCUUCAGGAUAUGAAGGCAUCAUUGCGGCAGCUUCUUCGUUGCUUUCCCUUGUCUCGAGGCGAGAAGCAUCACGACAAACUGCGACUGUUGGAGCUGUGCGGGGGCGUGGGCGUCAUCGGCCUCAGCCUGGCGCAUGCGCUCAAAGAGGAGGUGAGCCACCUCUCGCUGGUGAGCACCGACCAAAACCCCAACUGCGCGAAGCUCUUCUGCGAGAACGCAAAGCAGGUCGAGGGCGAGAUCUCGGCGGAGUUCGCUGCGAUGUCAGCCACGGAGGCCCUCUCGGCACUAUCGGAUGCUGAUGUCCUCAUCCUGGAUCCUCCCCGGCGCGGGCUGGCCGCCGCGCAGCAGCGCGCACGACUCUUGGGGGGCCAGGAGGAAGCAGCGGCCAUCCGGAACUCCUCUGUCUGGGCAGUGAUCUACAUGAGCUGCGGGCACGACAGCUUUAUGGCGGAUGCGAGCCGGCUGCUGGCGGGCGGCGCCUUCCGCCUGCUGGAGCUGCGCUGCUACGAUAUGUUUCCCUACACCUCGCACAUCGAGAGUUUGGGCAUCUUCCUUCGCCAGAGGGAGCCUGCCGACCUUUCAAAGGAUGUCCAGGAAGAGCCAGCGCAGCAGACACCAGCGCCAGUUCAGAAGAUGCAGUGCCAAUUCCUCAUUGGCAUCAAUCAGGAUCGCGACUUCAACGUGCGGCAGCGCUUGCUGGGGGACCGCGGUCACAAUAUGAAGCUCAUCGCCAGCGCCACGGGCGCCAAGCUCCGACUCCGCGGCCGCGGCUCGGGAUUCAAGGAGGGCCCUCGCAGAGUGGAAUCGCGGGAUCCGCUCAUGCUGUGCAUCAGCUCCACAGAUGAGGAAAAGCAUCAAGAAGCUGUACGCCUUGUUCGGGAGUUGGUGGAGGAUGUGUACGAGCAGUACAGCGCCUUUCAGCAGAGCCGCGGUCAAGAAGCUGACUGCCAGGUGCAGAUCCACGAAGGCCCGCGCCCGGGCAGCAGAACCUGAUCUUCAGAAGGAAGAUCCACUCAGAUCUCUUUGUCACGCACCACAAGUCGAUCACUGAACUGAGAUUGAUCGAGGCGUUGCAAGCCACAGCUGGUGACAUUUCUUGCAGGCCUGACGGCGGUUGGCCUUUGGCUGCGCAGACCACAGAUGGAUCCAAAUGAGAUGCUGAUUGCCCGGGCCGAAUUCCCAUCAAGGCUGACAUGUAUCGACGUGUCAAACGAGCGUGUUGCUGAGUGCGUUCUGUGUAUGCAGCCAAGAGAGUUCCGCAGUUUCCGUUGGCCAAAGGAUGCCAGCGCUUCACUUUGCGGAAUCUUGCUUGCGAAUGGAAGA